CAAAAAGAAAACAGGGGGAAAAAAAGUACAAUGGCAAGCUUCCCUCGAGCUCUCCAAACGCUCCCCCGGCGCCUCACCUCGCGACCUGUUCACGGCCUUUCCUCGCCGAUCUCCCGUGCCUUCCAGACAUGCACCGUGAAGGCCGCCGUCGCUCAUCCCAUUACGGCACAUGGGCCACCACCUAAAGCUCCCGAGCCCGCGCCUGAGUUCGAUCGGGUUACUGGACAAGCAGCAAAAGCAGAAAGAGGGUCGACAGAGACGGCAAACGGGACACAGCCUCCUCCCAGUCAGGUCUCCAGUCUGCUCAAGAAGCGGUUCUGGAAGGAUGUCCAUGUGGUGAAGAAUAAAGAUGGGAACUAUACGGUCCUACUGGAUAAGCGCCCAGUGCGUACACCGGGAAAAGAGAUUAUCUCUAUCCCGUCGACGAAGCCGUUCCUUGCCCACACAAUCGCGCUGGAAUGGGACGUGAUGACCUCCGCACAACAGGCCCUCAAGAAUCACCUCAUUCCCCUGACUUCUCUGACUUCUCGAGCCGCGGACAUCGCCCUGGAAGACGAGCAUGGACAAACGACCACCAGAGAGCAGAUCCUUAGCACGACAAUGCGGUACCUGGAAACGGAUACACUGCUGUGUUGGGUGCCGGCGCAAGAGAGAUAUAACGCGGAAGCCACGGCUGAAGGAAAUGAGGCGCAGGAGUCUCUUCGCGACAUCCAGAUGCGCGUGGCAAAGGAUGUCAUCGGUUUCCUGUCUACGAAUGUCUGGCCGGGCAUCGAAAUUCUACCCGUUCUAGACACAAACAGUAUUCUGCCCACACCGCAACCGCAGGCCACCCAGGAGAUCAUCCGGCAGUGGGUCUCCAAUCUAUCUCCCUAUGAUCUAGCAGCUCUCGAAAGAGGAACACUCGCCGCUAAGAGCCUCUUGGUCGCUGUUCGACUGGUCGUGGAGUGGAGCGAGAGCUUCCGCCACUUGCAGGGAUCUGGUCCAAAACGAUUUGGUAUCGAAGAGGCAGCGGAAGCGGCAAGUCUUGAGGUGAGAUGGCAGACCGAUAUGUGGGGUGAGGUCGAGGACACACAUGAUGUCAACAGGGAAGAUCUCCGGAGACAGCUUGGCAGUGUGGUCGUUCUUGUGACCGGGGAAAAGCAGUGAUGAUGGGA